UUAUCCCUCCUUUUCCGCGACCCUCUUUUCUCUCUCUCUCUCUCUCUCUCUCCUCUUUAUUCUGUUACUUCACUACUUCAGCAUCUUCUUGCCUAGGGAGGGAGGAAAGAAAAGAAGAGCAUCUCAACAGCUCAACCGGGCAUGAGUCCAUUCAUGAGAUUCUUCUCUGUUGAUUUGGACUGAAACUCUUUGCUUACUUGUAAGUUCAUCUGUUCGUGGGCAUUUCUUUCUUUGUAUUGGCAUUCGAUUGAAUUCUGCUUCUACCCAUUUCUUCACUCUAAGAGGAGGGCUUCUAGCAAGCUCCGACUUCGAGUUAAUGUUAAACCCAGCGUUAUUUUGCUGCUAAACUUCCAUAAGCUCAUUCAACUUAGAUUUUGGGGUCUGGAUUUGUUGAGGAAGAAAUGGGUUUUGUGGGCUGACUGGUGUUUGAAGGAUUUGGGUGGUGGAUUUUGCUUGGAAUUGAGGUUUUGAUGGAGGGUCUGCAAAUAGAGAACUAUCUCAGAUGAUAUAUGUCGCUGCAAAACUUCCAAAAGCUCAGAGAAUUUGAUUCUCCAGUCUGGGUUUGUUGAAGGAAAUGAUGGCUUUUUAUGGACUAACUCAUGUUUUGGGGAUUUUGGAGGUGGGUUUUGCUUGAAAUUGUGGAUUGGAUGGAGCCUCUGCAAAAGGGGAAUCAUCCCACUACUGAGGAUUCGCAGAUUAGAGUCCCUGAGGAGGAUGAGUGUAAGCCUGUUGAGUGUCUUCAAUCGGCACAAAUCCAAGUGGGUGCAGGAGAAAUUGCGGCAGCAAAACCCCCAGAUAGGAUUAAAAGGGAUGAAUGGAGUGAAGGAGGGGUGAUGAGCUUGCUUGAUGUUUAUGAAGCGAAAUGGAUGCUUAGGAAUCGUGCUAAGUUGAAGGGAAGCGAUUGGGAGGAGAUAGCCCAGCAGGUUUCAGUACGAUGUAGUGCGAAAAAAUCCGCAAAGUCUCCUAAUCAAUGUAAGAACAAGAUAGAAUCCAUGAAAAAACGCUAUCGGGCAGAAUCAGCUGCUAACAACUCUGUUUCUACCUCUUCCUGGCAAUUCUAUGCUAGGAUGGAUGGAUUAUUGAAAGGAACUUACUGUUCUCAAUCCAAGGUUGAUGGUUGUGUCAAUGGUGUGCCUGAGUCUGGUCUGCAUCCUUCGUCAAAGAUUGAAAUUGAAGAUACACAGCAUGUCCUGCAAUGGGUUAAUGACAAUGGACCUGCCCAUCCGCAGAACCUUGGGAAGAAUUUAAAUUGUGAGAUUGUUGAUGUAGAAGCUGAUGCACAUAUGCAAGACAGCAAUCAAGAUGAUGAGUCUAAUGCACUUCCCAAUAACAGGAAAUCCAGUAGAGGAACAGAUAGUGAUGUCAGUACCCCAAGGAGCAAGAUUGCCAACAUUGGAGAAGGGUCUGGUAAGGUUAACUCAUUUAAGCGAAGGAAGAAUUCAAGCAGUGAUGUGGCAGAGAGUAUAAGGUUGCUUGCACAUUCGCUCUUGAAGAUUGAACAAGCACGGAUGGAAAUGUAUAAGAAUUCAGAGCGCCUGAGGGCUGAGGCAGAGAUCAGGAGGAGUGAGAUGGAGCUUAAGAGGACAGAAAUAAUAGCUAACACUCAAUUGCAGAUUGCAAAGCUUUUAGCUAGGAGACCACGUACUCAAAAGAAUGAUGGUGGAAAUUCAUCCUUGAGAGCUGAACCAACCGUUCCCACAGAUACUGAUGGAGGGAGUGUUCCUUGUAAAAGGAAAAGAACAUCGGGGACGGUGAUGGAUCUCAGCCUCCACCAUUUACUUCUGAUCCUUCCAAAUCUAAUGUAGUGGCACAAUGGAAAAUCAAUAAUGCUAAGGGUGAUGAAUUCUGACAGUAGGGAAUGACCCAAAGAAGAAACUCUGAUGUCAGUUUUUUAUCCCAAGCAUAGCUUGUACGACUUUGCGCUGGGCGAUUUGAGCAUGUAUAAGUUAUUUGUAUUUAUAUGCCAAACUCUAGUAAUUCCAAAAAUAUGGAAACAAUGAAGGGGCUGAGGGUAAUGAGAAAGGAGCUAUUGACUCCAAAUGAACAAAGGGAAUAAUUGAUUUUAAAAAUAUUGAUUCCAUGUAAUUGCUGUUAAGUAGAAUUUUUUUUUUUGGGGGUGGGGUGGUGGGGGGAGAGUGCUAUAAGGCAACUGGUCUUUCAGAAAUAUUGCGUUAUAGCAUCUAUUGACCAUCUUAAUUGGAGAAGAAUAAUGUUGAACCCUCUUUUCCAGAGCAGGCAUAUUGCAUGGAAUUGGCUACAUGCUUGAAAUUGAGUCAUUACAAUCAAAUUAAAUGUUGCAGGUUCAAGUCUUCAA